AUGGAGAACGGGGACAGCCGUGGCCGCUCAUCUGGCGGUAGCGGCAGCGGCAGCAACAGCAACAGCAACAGCAACAACACGGGUAGUCAAGCUCCCUUAACAUCGAAAGGUGCCUUCGACUCUCACCUUUACGGAGAAACUCCCGUUCAUCAGUAUCUUUCUGAAAUUCCUGCAGAAGAUGAACAGCCAACUCCCCUUGGUGGUGUAUUUGGUGAGGAUGCUCACCAAUCAAGAGGGGGUGGUGUCGACUCGGUUACCCGUCUAGUAGAGAAUGAGAGACGUGCCAUGCUUGCUUCCUCUGGUCCUGAUGCAGCAGAUGCAGCAGCACUGUUGGAGAAAAGAGCAAUUGCUGCUAGAGAGGAUAUGUAUAGGAGGCAGAGAUUUCAACGUGCGCUGUCACCAGAGAGGCAGGAUCCUUUUGCUGCUGAUGGAGGAAGGAGAGCAGAUGUAAGCGCAAGAAGCUAUGCAGAUGUUAUGGUGGAGCAGCAACUAGAUAGGGAGAAACAAGCAGCAGUUAAACAAAUUCGAAAGCUGCAGGAGGAUGCGGCUAUAGCACAACAACUGCUGCAGCAAAGGCAGCAGGAGGAAGCAGCAGGUGGUGCUGCUGCUGGCAAACGAGGAAGGUGGGAUGGAGAGCGCCAGCUGACGGAGGCAGAACGCAUGACACUGCAGCAACAGCAACAGCAACAGGGAGCAGAGGGUGCAGCAGCAGCAGCAGCAAGUCUUGCUAGCAGAUGGGAUACUCCCCUGCAAGCCGGCGGACAGGCACCCGGGUGGGGCGACACCCCAAUUGCUGCAGGAGGAGAUGCAGCAGCAGAAACGGCAGAACAAAAACCUAAGAAAAGAAGCAGAUGGGACGCAACACCCGCGCAAGGAGGCACCGGACAGGAAACACCUACCCCCGGUCAAUGGGGAGCAACACCGUUAGUAGCAGGUGUAGGAGGGCAGACCCCAUUAGCAAUGAAGAAGAAGAGCCGAUGGGAUGCGACUCCCGUUCCUGGAGGAGACGAGGGAUCGGGGGUGGGGUCAGCAAUGGCUACUCCUCUUACAGGCGCAAGAUUAGCUGAUGGAUCCGAUGCUGGUCUCGCUACACCAGGACUCUCACAGACACCAGGAGCUACACCUAUGACAUCAGGACUCACACCAGGAGCUACACCUCUUGCUAUGACAGGUCUUGGUGCCACUCCUAUGACACCUGGUACACCUUUGCAGACGCCGGAGCAGCUGCUUGCUUUGCGGCUGCAGCAGGAGUUUGAUGAGAGAAAUAGAUAUUUAACGGAUGAGGAAUUGGACAGGAUUAUGCCGACAGAAGGUUAUGAAAUUGUACAACCUCCUAGUGAUUAUAAUCCCCCUCCUACAUCAGCUGCUGUCGCUGCAGCAAGAGCGAGGCAGCAAGCAUUAGCAUCAUCAGGAAUGGGAUCUGCAACUCCAGGUGUAUCUGCAGCUACACCAUUAGGUGUUACACCUAUGUACGUCAUGCCUGAAGAAGGAGGCAUAUCCGUUAAGGCUGUAGAUCCCACAGGUUCUCUCUUAGAUCCUCAAGGAUUAGGAGAUGCAUCAGGAGGCGUACAAAUGAAAGCUGAAGAUUUCCAUUUCUUCUCGAAACUCUUCGAAGAAAAAUCAGAAGAUCAAAUGACACAAGAGGAAGUGAAGGAGAAGAAGAUUCAACUUCUGCUGCUGAAGAUUAAGAACGGAACUCCGCCUCUCCGUCGCUCUGCUUUGCGUAUUUUGACGGAUAAGGCAAAAGAGUUUGGUGCUGCUGCGCUAUUUAACCAAAUAUUGCCAUUAAUGAUGCAGACGACUCUUGAAGAUCAGGAACGCCAUUUGCUGGUGAAGGUUAUAGAUCGCGUGUUAUAUAAACUGGACGAUUUGGUGCGACCUUAUGCCCAUAAAAUAUUAGUGGUUAUUGAGCCUCUUUUAAUUGAUGAAGAUUAUUAUGCCCGUAUUGAAGGCAGAGAAAUCAUCAGUAACCUUGCAAAGGCUGCAGGACUGGCGACUAUGAUCGCCACUAUGCGUCCUGAUAUUGACCAUCCAGACGAAUACGUGCGAAAUACAACCGCCAGAGCGUUCGCUGUGGUGGCGUCUGCAUUGGGGGUCCCAUCUUUGUUGCUGUUCUUGAAGGCAGUUUGUCAGAGCAAGAAAUCUUGGCAGGCUCGUCAUACGGGGAUAAAGAUUAUUCAGCAAAUAGCCAUUCUAUUGGGUUGUGGAGUAUUGCCUCAUUUAAGACAAUUUGUUGAAAUUAUUCAACAUGGACUGGAUGAUCCAGUGUUGAAGAUUAAGACUGUUACUGCUUUGGCGUUAGCCGCGCUAGCAGAGGCAGCAGCUCCCUAUGGUAUUGAGGCUUUCGAUUGCGUGCUGCGUCCAUUAUGGAAGGGUAUUGGCGAAAUAAAAGGUAAAAGUUUGGCGGCUUACUUGAAAGCUAUCGGGUCUAUUAUACCUCUUAUGGAUGCCUACCAUGCCAGCUACUAUACUCGAGAAGUUAUGGUUAUGUUGGUGCGUGAGUUCGAAACCAACGAUGAGGAAAUGAAAAAGAUUGUCUUAAGAGUCGUCAAACAGUGCGUAGCGACAGAGGGUGUAGAAGGUGAAUAUAUCCGCACCGAUAUUAUACCCCCUUUCUUCUCCAAGAUGUGGCUCGUCAGAAAUGCCCUAGAUCGUCGCACAGCGAAACUGUUGACAGAAACCGCGACUGAAUUGGCUUCUAAGGCUGGCGGUGCGCAUGUGAUUAAGUUUAUUGUGGAUGACUUGAAGGAUCCGAGUGAACCCUUCAGGAAAGUAACACUUGAAACCAUUGAACAAAUAAUUGUUAACGGUGGUGUUGCGGAUAUCGAUUUGAGGCUGGAGGAGCAGCUGAUUGAUGGGCUGUUAUAUGCAUUCCAAGAACAAACCACAGAGGAUACUGCGGUGCUUCUUAAUGGAUUUUCAACAAUUGUAAACGCCUUGAGCACACGCGUGAAACCCUACUUACCACAGAUUUGUGGUGUUAUUCGUUGGAGGCUGAACACGCCUUCGGCCAAGCUGCGACAACAGGCAGCAGACCUCGUCUCGCGUAUUGCCACGGUAAUGUUCAAGAGUGGCGAAGAGCAAAUGUUGGGGCACUUGGGUCUGUUCCUUUACGAGUACUUGGGGGAGGAAUACCCCGACGUGUUGGGAAGCAUUCUGUGCGCAUUGAAGGCAAUAGUGAACGUGAUUGGUAUGAACAAAAUGACGCCGCCUAUCAAGGAUUUGCUGCCGCGUUUGACGCCUAUUCUUAAGAACAGGCACGAGAAAGUGCAGGAGAACCUUAUCGACCUUAUUGGGCGUAUUGCGGACCGUGGAGGCGAUUUGGUGUCGCCAAAAGAGUGGGAUAGGAUAUGUUUUGAUCUUUUAGACCUACUGCGUGCGCAGAAAAAGAGUAUUAGAAGAGCUACUGUGAACACAUUCGGCUACAUAGCCAGAACCAUCGGACCUCAGGAUGUGCUGGCCACUCUCCUUAACAAUUUGAAGAUGCAAGAACGCCAGCUGCGCCUGUGCACGACGAUUGCCAUUGCCAUUGUGGCAGAAACAUGUCUACCUUAUUCUGUGCUGCCUGCACUCAUCAACGAGUAUCGUGUGCCCGAACUCAAUAUUCAAAACGGUGUGCUCAAGACCCUUAGCUUUAUGUUUGAAUACAUUGGAGAAAUGGCCAAAGACUAUAUCUACACUGUCACACCGCUUCUGGAAGAUGCUCUCAUGGACAGAGAUCUGGUCCACAGACAAACAGCAGCCUGGGCGUGCAAGCACCUUGCACUAGGGGUUCACGGACUUAGCUGCGAAGAUGCUCUGACUCAUUUGUUUAACUACGUCUGGCCUAACAUUUUCGAAGUCUCGGCACACAUGGUUCAAGCUUUUUUCGACGCCGUGGACGGCAUGCGCGUUGCCAUCGGGCCCGGCGUCGUAUUUCGGUACAUCAUUCUCGGUUUGUUUCAUCCAGCACGCAAGGUGCGCGAGGUGUAUUGGAGAGUGUACAACACGGUCUACAUCGGGCAUCAGGACGCGAUGGUGGCGUUUUACCCCAGGCUUCCUGACGACGGAAAGCAUUCUUUUGCCCGCCAUGAGCUAGAACUGUUUAUCUGA